AUGGAUGGGGCGGGCUGCGAUAUGAGCUGUCAGACCCGAAGUGGGUACUACAGACACGAGGCUCUGUUAGGGUACUACAGACACGAGGGUCUGUUAGGGUACUACGGGCACCAGUGUCUGUUAGGGCACUACAGACACGAGGGUCUGUUAGGGCACUACAGACACGAGGGUCUGUUAGGGCACUACAGACACGAGGGUCUGUUAGGGUACUACAGACUCGAGGGUCUGUUAGGGUACUACAGACACGAGGGUCUGUUAGGGUACUACAGACACGAGGGUCUGUCAGGGUACUACAGACACGAGGGUCUGUCAGGGUACUACAGACACGAGGGUCUGUCAGGGUGCUACAGACACGAGGGUCUGUCAGGGUACUGCAGACACGAGGGUCUGUUAGGGUACUACAGACACGAGGGUCUGUUAGGGUACCACAGACACAAGGGUUUGUCAGGGUAG